UUUGAAGGAGUUAAAAAAAAAAAAAAAAAAAAUAAACCUGAUAAAUCUAGUUGUAGUGAUAGACAAAUUUUCUUCUAAAAAUUUGGUUCAUUUUCAGCAUUUUCAUUAUUAAAGGACAAUGUUGAUUUGGUUGUUGAUUUUCGUUUGUGCAGAGAAGGAUCGAGAAUUGGGGGAAGCCUUAGAGAGAAGGCAGUUGAAGAGUUUCUGUUCUAUAUGUAUUCUCUCUUCUGUAAAAGAUAUUACCAGUUGUCCGAAAACAGCAUUUAUUGCUUUGCACGUUGCUUAUAUGCAAUGCUGCUGCCAUGGAGACACUUCCCAUAUUUCUGGAUAGUCUGGUUACUGCUUGGGGUGCCAUCCCGAUUUCAGUUACAUUGAUACUUCUGUUUGGAGAGGCUGGAAAAGGUGGAGAACUCACACAUGAUGGGACAACAAUUAUUGCUGGAGCCCUUGGGCUUACUGAGAAAACAGCCAGUGAUGCCAUGACUCCCAUAUCUGACACUUUUGCUGUUGAUAUCAAUGCCAAGCUUGACAGGGAGCUGAUGAAUUUAAUUUUGGAGAAAGGGCAUAGAAGAGUGCCAGUCUACUAUAAGCAACCUACAAACAUAAUUGGACUUGUUUUGCUUUUAAGAAGCGAGAAAACAAGUAUGGAGGAUGAUGAUGAGUCUGAACUUGAAAACUUAUCGUUCCUGUACUCAAAUGCUCAAGAUUAUGCUAAAGCCAAGAGAAGAGUUGCAGAACUCUAUAAGAAACAUGAGAAGGAACUCAUAGAGGCAAACAAAAUUUUAAUGAAGAAGAUUGAGGAUGAUCAGUUCCUAGACCUUAUGACUCUGAAAACUGAAGUUCGAUCUGCUUGUAAGGAGCCUUACAGGUAUGUUUUAAAAUCAGAAAAUCUGAAGAAUGGCUCGAGUUACUAUUGCACUGAGUGUGUUGGUUUUGCUAAUGGCAACUCUGAUCAUCUCUGUUGGAUCUAUGAGAUCUUCGUGGGACAAUCACCGCUACAAGAGAGGUUAGUGUAUUACGAUAUAAUAAUUCAUUUUUUCUGAAGACUCUUGACUAACAUUUUUGGUUCAAAUUUGCAUGAUUGUUUAAGGUGGGAAAAUGGUUAUAAUUUUGUAUUUAAAUUUUAUAGGUAGGAAAAUGAGAAAUAAAUGCCAUGUUUGUAGUGUAUACUGGCUAACCAGAUAUUUGAU